GCGGCGGGCGGCGCGGGGCCCCAGGCCGCAGGGCCGCGCGGGACGGCGGAGGGCGGCGGGCGCCGCGCGGAUCACCGCAGACAUGAUGAGCACCAAGGCCUUCACGCUGGUCUCCGCCGUGGAGUGGGAGCUGCUGGCGGGCGACAAGGAGCGGGUGCACAUCGAGUGCGUGGAGUGCUGCGGAAAGAACCUGUACGUGGGCACCGGGGACUGCGUGGUUUACCACUUCCUGUUAGAGGAGCGGGCGCUUCCCACGGGGACGGCCACAUUCUCUGCCACCAAGCAGCUGCACCGACACCUGGGCUUCCGGAAGCCCGUGAGCGAGCUGCGAGCGGCCUCGGCCCUCAACAGGCUGCUGGUGCUGUGUGACAACUCCAUCACCCUGCUCAACAUGAUGAGCCUGGAGCCCGUCCCCUCAGGGGCACGCAUCAAAGGGGCCGUGGCGUUGGCCUUGAACGAGAACCCCGUGAGCGGGGACCCGUUCUGCGUGGAAGUCUGCAUCAUCUCGGUCAAGCGCCGGACCAUCCAGCUGUUCCUGGUAUACGAGGACCGGGUUCAGAUCGUCAGGGAGGUGUCGACGCCGGAGCAGCCGCUUGCUGUGGCCGUGGACGGCCACUUCCUGUGCCUGGCUCUGACCACGCAGUACAUCAUCCUCAACUACAACACUGGCUUCUCCCAGGACCUGUUUCCUUACUGCAGCGAGGAGAAGCGGCCCAUCGUCAAGAGGAUCGGGAGACAGGAGUUCCUCCUGGCGGGCCCCGGAGGACUGGGCAUGUUUGCCACAGUUGCUGGCAUAUCUCAGCGAGCCCCCGUGCACUGGUCGGAGAAUGUGAUCGGGGCGGCCAUUUGCUUUCCGUACGUCCUAGCGCUCGAUGAUGAGUUCAUCACAGUGCACAGCAUGUUGGAUCAGCAGCAGAAGCAGACCCUGCCCUUUAAGGAAGGCCACAUUCUACAGGACUUUGAAGGAAGAGUGAUUGUUGCCACAAGUAAAGGAGUUUACAUCUUGGUACCAUUGCCCCUGGAAAAGCAAAUACAGGAUCUUCUAGCAAGCCAUAGAGUGGAAGAGGCUUUGGUUUUAGCAAAAGGAGCCCGGAGGAACAUUCCAAAAGAAAAAUUUCAGGUAAUGUACAGAAGGAUUCUGCAGCAGGCGGGGUUUAUACAGUUUGCACAGCUUCAGUUCCUGGAAGCUAAGGAGCUCUUCAGAAGCGGCCAGCUUGACGUCCGGGAGCUGAUCUCUCUGUACCCCUUCCUGUUGCCCACCUCUUCCUCAUUCACACGGUCCCACCCUCCUCUCCACGAGUAUGCAGACCUGAACCAGCUGACACAGGGGGACCAGGAGAAGAUGGCCAAGUGUAAGCGCUUCCUCAUGAGCUACCUGAAUGAGGUCCGCAGCACAGAGGUAGCCAAUGGCUACAAAGAGGAUAUCGACACGGCCUUGCUCAAGCUGUACGCAGAGGCUGACCAUGACAGUCUGCUGGACCUCCUGGUCACUGAGAACUCCUGUCUCCUAACAGACAGCGCUGCCUGGCUAGAGAAGCACAAAAAGUAUUUUGCACUCGGACUGCUCUAUCAUUAUAAUAACCAAGACGCGGCUGCAGUUCAGCUGUGGGUGAACAUCGUGAAUGGCGACAUUCAUGACUCCACUCGCUCAGACCUGUACGAAUAUGUCGUUGACUUCCUCACCUACAGCUUAGACCAGGAACUUGUCUGGAAGUAUGCCGAUUGGGUCCUGCAGAAAAGUGAAGAGGUUGGAGUUCAAGUUUUCACCAAGAGACCUUUGGAUGAACAGCAGAACAGUUUUAAUCCAGACAGUAUAAUCACUUGCCUUAAGAAAUACCCUAAAGCCCUUGUCAAGUACCUGGAACAUCUAGUCAUAGACAGAAGACUGCAGAAGGAAGAGUACCACACGCACCUGGCCCUCCUCUACCUGGACAAGGUGCUGCAGGAGAGGUCCGGCGCCAACAGCAAAGGUGUGGAAGCGACAGAGACACAGGUGAAGCUCCAGCACCUACUCCAGAAGUCCGAUCUAUACCGAGUCCACAUCCUGAUAGACAGGAUCCGGGGUGCUGGCCUCCCCAUGGAGAGCGCCAUCCUGCAUGGGAAGCUGGAGGAGCACGAGGAGGCCCUGCGCAUCCUGGUGCACGAGCUGCAGGACUUCUCCGCAGCCGAGGACUACUGCCUGUGGCGCUCCGAGGGCCGGGACCCGUCAUACCGGCAGCGCCUCUUCCACACGCUGCUGGCCAUGUACCUGCAGCCUGGCCCCGCUGCACCUGAGCUGGCUGUGGCCGCCGCCGACCUACUGAACCGCCACGCGGCCAACUUUGAUGCCGCCCGGGUCCUGCAGCUGCUGCCGGGUGGCUGGUCGGUGCAGCUCCUGCGCCCGUUCCUGACUGGGGCUGUGCGGAACAGUGUGCAUGCCCGCAGGACCACGCAGGUGGCUCUGGGACUGGCCAAGUCUGAAAACCUGAUCUAUAAAUAUGACAAGAUGAAGUUGAAGGGAAGCUCAGUUCAGCUCUCGGACAAAAAGCUCUGCCAGAUGUGCCAAAACCCCUUUUGUGAGCCUGUAUUUGUUAGAUAUCCAAAUGGUGGGCUCGUCCACACCCAUUGUGCCGCCAGCAGACACACGAACCCCAGCUCCCCCGGCCCUGGCACUCGGACCUGAAAAGUCUCACCGAGGGCGUGAGGAGGACGCUGAGUUCUUUACCAAGCCUGCUGGGUGCAGAGAGCGGAAAUCCGCUGCACUAGUGUCAGCCAAGAUGAAGGAGUGACAUCUGGGCGCUGGGGAGACUUGAGUCAACGUGAAACAGGGGCUCUUCACUGCUGACCACUCCACAUUGAAUGUACGCGGAAAACCUCGGAAACAGAGACACGUCAGGGUUCACCCACCCCGGGACAUAGUCACCCCAAAGAAAUGUCUGCUUCGAGAGACAAAUGAGCCUUCCCUGUGCCGUCCAGACCAGCUGGAUUCCCCCUCCCCAGCGCCCCGGUCUUCAGAUAUGCUUUGGCACUGGAAACGUUUGCUUCAGGGUGGCACGGAGAUGAAGCUCUCUCAGCAGGGUGAGGAGCACAGCCUCAGGGGGUGGGGGUGCUGUCUGUGUUGGGAUCACCUCGGGGGCUUUGCCUUUGCCCUUAGAAACGGCUCACCUUGGGGAAAGGCUUUUCGUUCUUUCCCAGUUCCCACCUGGCCACCAACCCCUGAAGGGUCUGCCUUGUUUCCCGAGCACCCUCACCCGGGGAUAUCCGUGCUUCUGGCUGCUGCACCAGCAAGGACCCACUGGAAAGUGCGAGAGCCCCAGGAGGGAAGCUGCACGCCCCACAUGUGAGAGGACAGCAGACAGGAGCCCCCGGGAGGCAGGCGGGGGCCCGGGUAUCUUUUGUCCGUCCCUGUGCUGUCCUGCCACCUGCUGAUUCGAGACACCGCGAUUGACAUGUUUAACUAAUGGUUUUUAUUUGAAGUUCCGUCAUCUCUGCAGUUUUUCUCGCAUUUAGAAAUUCAUCUGUCAUAUCCAUUAGGGACAUUUUUUUCUUGUUAAAAUGUACCUCCAACUGACCACUCGGGAAAUGAAAAGGGAAAUGUUAUGAGCACAAGCCGAGCAGCAUUUCACGAGAGGCCAGUUUUAACCUCGCACCCUUAGCGGGGCAGGCCAUGGGUGGCAGCUGCCCCCACCCAUGACCACAGCGUCACCCCUUCCUGCCGGGUGCUUCUGCACACCCCGAUGAGGAAGUCCAGUCAGGCUGCCUUACCUCCCAGCACUUUAACGCCUGCUCUGAGGUUUCCUGAAUACACAGGAGAGUCCCUCUUGCUCACCACAGACCGGGGAUUCGCUGUGUGUUUCUGCCAAACAUCGCAGAGAAGCUGAAGCUAUUCUUAUUUCACUGCCCUCUCUUGAAAUUUCUUCAUUGGGAUGAAUGAUUCUAUUACGAACUAACACUAAACACUGUGCCCCUCACCCCUGCCGUGAUGCUGGGAAAGCAAGCACCUGCUUGUUAUGUGUCACAGGAGAGGACCCUGGAAUAUGGCCUCUCUGCAUCGGCCCCAGCCUUGCCGAACAGGGGCAGAAAAGCUCAUGGUCCAUUCUCAAAACCAUGUUUGUCUGUACUAAUAAUGGUCAGUAUUCUUCUUCCUUCUGUGAUUCUAAGUGGCUCAAGAAAGCGAAGGCACCCCUGCAUUCUUCCCUAACUGUGUCUCCAUCUAAAGAAUAAAUGAUGAAGAACUUCUCCUGGUAACUCAACCCCAUACUAUGUCAACAGGGAUGAAGUCGCAGCCCAGUCAUGAGUUUGACCCUGUGGAUGACUGUUAGGGAAUGGUCGUAUUACUGUGCACGUUAUCAUUAUACCUGACGAGAUUGCAUUACUUCCUCAAAGAAGAAGUCCCUGGCACAUGCAGUAUCACACUUCUGAAAGCACUGUUUCACUGGACACAAAAUGGGUAAAAUCUGGAGAGCGCCUUGUGAUUGCUCAUUCCUAACUUGGGGACACUAGUCUCUGCUCUCUCUGAACAUUGGUCAUUUUUUUGAAAUGUUUGUCAUCCUUUAGAAUGACGGGGAUUAAAGUUCAGUCAUCUCCCGUGUUCAAAAUCAUACCUUGCUCCCAUCUUUCUCUGACUCCCACAGGCCCUUUUCGCAAAUCAGAUUUUUAAAAUAAAUACAUGGUUCUUUCUAAAGGCCUGCUGUUUUGUGACUGUGACAUUGAAUAGAACAAUUAGAACAUUGCUCAGCCCCUUUCUCCCCUCAUUAGGUCCUAUGUAACCAUUCUAGUUAAAACAGCAUGAACUGAACCCAGUUGACAUUAAUAUUCUAUGGGCAAUACUAUUGAAUUUUAUGAACUGUUUCUCCGCUGUUGCCUGUCAGAUAUUAAUGUGGGAGUGUCCUGUAGGGUGUGGAGCAUAUGGCCUGAGGUCAGAGCCAAAAAGCUCAUGCCCACAAGCUUGGUAAAUAUGCUUGCUUAUGUCAGGAGUCCAGAGCAGCUCAGGUGGCCAUGGGGUUACACCGUCAAAUUGAUACCCGUCACACAACUAGGGUAGCCCUUCCUUUUUGCUUGCUCUCCUGUGGAAACCUGUGUCCUUGCAACUUUAUCCUUCACCCCUGGUUGGGUCCCAAAUACACAAAAUGUACAAAUGUAAACUUGUUGAUUUUAUUAAAAUUCUUUUAAUUCUU